AUAAUAAUGCACAUUAUUCAAUAUUAAACUUAUUGGCAAUCAAUUGAUAUUUUGCCACAAUCAAAUCAAGAAUUUCACUGCUCAAGGACAAACGCGAGCCAGUGUGACCACAGAAAAUACUAGCAUAUUAUGUGUGAUUAAAAAACGAGCAGGAAACGGCUGAGUUGGCAACACUGCGAUUAUCCCACUGUAUUGUUUUCAACGAGGACGAGUUGUGCGCGAGUGUUGGGUGAAAAAAAGAAAAAAGAUAUCAAAGAAAAGUAAAGCCCAAAAACCGCCAUAAUCGUACAGAGCGCGGCAUUGCGACAGCAUUUUUUUUUUCCAAUUCGCACAAUCGAAUGCGCAGCAGGCAUACAUAUCCACAACACGAUUUGACCAAAUGUGGUAAAAAUAGCAAGAGCAGCAGCCGCCGCCGCCGUCGCCGCUCCAUCGACGUCGCCGUCGCCGUCGUUGUUGUUUUUGUCGACGCCGACUCAAAAAAUAACCCACACAACAGCAGCAGCAGCAGCAGCAAUAAAAGUAUCCAAUAGCGGCCCCAACUAAAAGUGGAGCAAAUAAUUUCAGUUACCAGGCGAAACGUGCAGCGCAAAACGCGUGAAGAGUCAAAGAAGUGCAAGUGCAGGCCGCCAAAGACGCACACGCAUAUAUACAUACACCCACCUACUUAUACAUAUACAUAUACACACAUACACGUAUUUCAACUACAGAGCGCAGCGCCGCAAUGUCACGACCACGUCCGCGCCUCACACCCAUUGGCAUUUCGCGUGAGCCGGAACCGGCAUUCGUGCCGCCGCGUAACCUGGACUCACGGGCAACCAUACAAAUUGGUGAGCAAACAUUUGACAUCGAUGCCGACAGCCUGGAGAAGAUCUGCGAUUUGGGACGCGGCGCCUACGGCAUUGUGGAGAAGAUGCGGCAUCGCCAAACGGGCACAGUGCUCGCCGUUAAGCGCAUCCCAAUGACUGUUAACUUCCGGGAACAGCAGCGCCUAAUUAUGGAUCUGGACAUAUCGAUGCGUUCCAGCGAUUGCCCGUAUACGGUCCACUUCUAUGGCGCCAUGUACCGCGAGGGCGAUGUCUGGAUAUGCAUGGAGGUGAUGAACACCAGCCUGGACAAAUUCUAUCCGAAGGUGUUCAAAAAUCAGCUAACCAUGGAGGAGCCGGUGCUCGGCAAAAUUGCGAUGAGCGUGGUCAGUGCGUUGCAUUAUCUGCACGCCCAGCUGAAGGUCAUACAUCGUGAUGUAAAGCCAUCAAAUAUACUGAUCAAUCGCGGCGGUCAGGUAAAAAUAUGCGAUUUUGGCAUCUCAGGCUAUCUAGUUGACUCCGUGGCCAAGACCAUAGAUGCCGGCUGCAAGCCUUAUAUGGCGCCGGAACGGAUCGAUCCGCAAGGUAACCCAGCCCAAUAUGAUAUACGCUCCGAUGUCUGGUCGCUGGGCAUCAGCAUGAUUGAAAUGGCCACCGGCCAGUAUCCCUAUAAUAAAUGGCGAACGCCCUUCGAGCAGCUGCGUCAGGUGGUUGAGGACGAUCCGCCCAGGCUGCCGGCGGGCUCAUUUUCCGCCGAGUUCGAGGACUUCAUAGCGACAUGCCUGAAGAAGGAGUACACGGCGCGACCCAACUAUGAGCAGCUGCUGCGGCACGGAUUCAUUGUGGAGCAUUUACAGCGCAAUACGGACAUCUCGGAGUUUGUUGCCAGGAUAUUGGAUCUGCCCGAUGAGCAGCCAUCGCAGUAGGAGCCAAAUUCGAUGAUCCAACGUCUUGUGCACGGAUUCAAUCAGAAACAAAAACAAAACAACUGUAAAUUGCCGCCGUCUUCUACAUGCAUUUUUGUAUGUGUGUGCGUGUGCGUGUGUGUGUGUGUGUGUCUCUUUCUUCCACUGUGCAUGUGUGUGUGUAUGUAUGUGGAGCGAGAGAACUGCAAGAGAAACAAAUUGUUAGGUUAAGUACGAAAUCAAAUCAAACACGCAUACAUACAUACAAUCAACUAUAUUAUAUAUAUAUAUAUACUAUGCAUAUAUGUAUGUAUAUAUAUACUGCAAGGUAAUUUGUCGCAUUUGCAGCGCUCAAGUGAAAAUGAAAUCAAAUGAAACUAAAUGCGUUUCGCAAUAAGCAAAAAUCUAUAGAAACUAAAACCAAACUGUGCCUCAGCCUUGGCAGCCCAGCCAGUUGCUGUCAAACUGUACUAUGUUAAACUUCUAGCUCUACAUGCAUAUAACACUAAAGUCCACUUAUCUAAUGCAGCGUGCCACGUGCAACAUGCCACAAAAAUAAAAAAAAACAACUAGCAUCAGAAAUCGCCAAGCAAAUUAUGUAAAUUGUUAACAAAUAUACGUGAAAUAGCUAAUUAAUGUUGUAUGUAAUUAUUUGUUGAAUUAUGUUUUUUUUUUUUUUUUUUUCUCUCUCUCUCUCUCUCUAAUAAUUAACUUAUACGCAUAUACCUUAAUAUAAACUCACUGUAAAAUGAAGCAAAAAAAAAAAACAAAAAAAAAAACUAAAAAAAAUGUUAUAGUUAUAAUAAUGUAAUAUUUGAUAAGGCCCAAAGGAAAAGUGUGCAUCGGGUCUAACUAGAAUUCAAUUCUAAUCUAAAUCGAAAAGAAAUGCUUUAUUAAUAUAUACAUAUGCAUACAUACAUAUACCAAUACAUAUAUAUAUACACAUAUGCAUCCAUAUGUCUGCCUAUAUACUUAUACAUACAACACAAAUACAUAUGCAUUGUUAAGCACAACACAUACGUAACGUAUGUAUGUAUUGUACGAACCGUGAAAACUUCACAUUUUUCGAUUAUUCAAGUGUGUGUGCGUGUGUGUGUGUGUGUGCGUGCGUGAGUGUCAAUUAUUACUUGAAACAUAGGAUUGAGACACGGCUGUCAAUUACAUAGAUAUAUACAUACAUACAUACGUUUACAUACAUAAUUCAUUUUAAGCAAAAUAAUUGAACAGAAUAAAUUGCAAGCAUGUUAAUUGCAAAUGCAUAGAAAAACGUUUCCACUGUGGCUUGUAAAGUUCUUAAAAAACGUAUUGAAUAAAACUAUAAAAUAGCUGCCCAAACAAAA